CACACACACACACACACACACACACACACACACACACACACACACACACACACACACACAGAGAAAGAACAGUUCCUCUGCACAGUUACACCAUGUGCCAUCAUCCCGCCUCCUUUGAUGGUUGUUAUGGCGAUGUCAUUGAUAAGGUGGACAAAGUAAUGUUCCUUCCUGCACGCGAUGAAUCAAAGCCCUGCGAGGCGGUGUGUUAAUUAAAAGCUCCGUGGCUGAAUCAGACCUGCGGGGUUGCCAUAGAGCUUCACCUUUAACGUGCUCAGCGCCGUCUACCUGCCUGCUCUGCCUCCGUGUGACUCUCAGGAGCUCUGCUUGGGAUGGAUGAACUGUUACUCAGAGCUGCCUGACGACAAGCCUCCAUCACUCUCUCGCUCUCUCCUUCUCGCUCUCUCUCUCUCUCUCUCUUUCUUUCUUUCUCUCUCAUCAUCACACACUUUGUCUGAGGAGGAAACACAAUCCGAGAAGAAGAAAAAAAAAAAAGAAAACACCUUGACAACUGCUGCAGCUCUGACUAACACUGCAUGGUCACAGCCAGUCGCAGCUCUGCAACAACAGGGAAGUAAAUGUCUCCAAGAGAGGACUGAACCUGGCUGCAGAAUCCAGUCUUACUUUAUCUCCAAAACCACCAGCUUGGACCGAGAAGGAUGGAGGGAGAAGGCUGUAAUCCUGGAGUCGCCAUGGACUCGGGGAACCCCUUGCUAAGAGCGGUAUUCCUUCGUCGAUUGAGACUCACACGGCUGCUCCUGGAGGGAGGAGCUUACAUCAAUGAGAGCGACAGUCAAGGACAGACGCCUCUCAUGGUGGCCUGUAGAACCCAACAUACCGACACCCAGAGCGCUAGCCGAGUAAAGCUGGUCCAGUUUCUUCUGGAAAAAGGAGCUGACCCAAACAUCCAGGACAAAGAAGGUCGAUCUGUGCUCAUGCACGCCUGCAGGGAACAGGCCGGCCCGGACGUUGUUUCUUUGCUUCUUGCAAGCGGUGCCGAUAUUAGCCUCGAGGAUCAGUCUGGGACAUCUGCGUUGGUCCACGCAGUCAUGGCCGGAGACUGGAAGGUUCUGAAACUGUUGCUAGACACGUGCAAGGCCAAGGGGAAGGAGGUGAUCAUCAUAACGACCGACCAAUUCCCAUGUGGGGAACUUAAAGCCAAGCAGUACCUCAGCAUGCCUCCUCAUGAUCCUGACAAUCAAACAGACAAAACGACCUCUGCUCCUCCUACAUCUCCCUCGGAUGUUCAGCUCUUCACCUCCCCCCAGUGCCCCUCCUCUUCCUUGUGUCCCCCAAAGCCUAUCUUCUCCUUUAAAGAAUCAAAAUCCUAUGGUGUAAGCUCCCACCCAUGUUCCCCUUCACGGUAUCAAAGAUGUGGCCAAGCGCCAACAAACGGCCUGCAGCAGCCUCUCCUGAGGUUAAACUCUGAGCCCUGGCUCAAAGUCCCUGCAUCUCUGCUCGCCCAUCAGCACAAUACCGCUUUAUCCUCAGAGGAAGGCAAAGACCUCAACCAAGGGGAAGACCUCUCUUUCAGAAUUCCCAAACUGUACGAGGAAGGCAGCACCAAUUCAGUAACCCAUAGCUUCAGUUGGUAUGAGGAACAAUUUGAAAGGGACAAAGGAGUAAAAGGAGAUGGAAAGAAUGGAUGUGCCAAAAAGAAGAUGUCCCUGCCGGGUCUCCUAUCAUCUCACUCUGCCUCCCACCCGAACCUCCACUCUGGAAACCUUGGAACAGAUUCAAUCAGAUCUUUGUCAUCCUUUUCCGGCGGUAGGAACCUUGGCGCUCCACUUAAAGACAUGGCCUCGUCGAGCCUUUACAGCAUCAUCCAGAGGCGUAAGCUUGGGGCAGACAUCUACAGCUCCGACCCUCAGCUGGCUUUCGACAUCCAAAAUGUUCCCGAGGAGAACCAGAAGAGAGCGAAAGACCUUACCGAUGCAAAGAGGCUGACCCCUUUACGCUGCUCCAGCACUGUGGGCUCCAGGGAGUCCUUGUCGUCCUUGGGGAAGAAACUGCUCUCCGGGUUUGAGCGCAGAGGGUCCGGAGCUUUCUUGUUGGACCACAGCUCCCAGUCCAAGCCUAGAUCUCUACCACCUCUGGUGCUCAACUCCACCAACAACCCUGUUUGUAACGUGUACAACCUCGGCUCCAGUGGUGGAGGGGGUUUCUGUGAGAAAGGCUUGAAAAAUUUCCUUCCCUCUGCUCCUCCUGGGCACCCAAAAGAGCUGACCAGGAGGAUGCUGAUGAGGAGACACUCCAUUCAGACUGAGCAGUUUAAAACCACGGCCUAAAGGAUGACAG